AAAUUUAUCUUUUCAAUAAUCAUAUUUAACUUUUUUUUAUGUUAUAAAUUGUUAAAAUUUAAAUCAUGAUGAUUGAAAUUACAAGUCCAACGCUUUAUUUACAGCUUCUGUGAUUAUUAACAAUCAUACUAAUAACUUGGAUGAAAAACAUUUCUAUGACAAAUUCAGGAAUCAUGGAAAAAAAAAAAAAAAAACCCAAUGCUGUCUUAUCUUUUGCCCUUACAUAUUCUCUUUUAAAUUGACCAUCAAGGCUUUAGGCGUUAACCAUGAUUUAACUCCCUCCUCCAUAAGAAGAUGAUUGCUAGUGCCGGGAAUAUUUUGGCUACUUCCAACUGAAAAUUAAUAUCCUAAAAUGUUGUGGAAGUAGCAAAUUACUGUCGGACAAAAGCAUUAUUCACCCUAUAUAUGUGAACAUUCAUCUUCAUUCGCAUUUACCAAGUUAUCUUUCUUCACUGUCUUUUAAUUAUUUACUGCAACCGAACAGCAAUGGCUAAAUCAAUUCUGUCACUUCCCAUUCUCUGUCUUCUGCUCCUUCUGUCAUUUAACUCUGGAGGGCUGCUGAAGUUGGCCAAUGGACAGACAAUCUCCUGUUUUAAACAGGGAAAAACAUGGUGUGUUGCAAAACCUUCGUCCAAUGAUACAGCACUAGUUUCCAGCAUAAACUUUGCCUGUUCUCAACUUGGGACCCUGGGAUUCAGCUGCAACUUGAUACAAGAAAAUGGAAUCUGCUACUACCCCAAUACUAUCAUCAACCAUGCAUCUGUAGUCAUGAAUAAUUACUACCAAGCCUUUGGCCGUCACAUCUGGGACUGUGACUUUGGCGCCUCUGCUCUCAUCACUGUAUCUGAUCCAAGCUAUGGAAGCUGCCUGUAUCCAUCAGUGCUUUGAUAUGCAACAUAUAUUUGAAAGGGUUUCUGGGCUUAGUUUAUAAUAAAAUGUAGCCAAAGUCUUUAUAUUCCUUCCGUGUAUUCUUUUCCGUCAAUAUAUUUGUUUACCUGUAGCAGAUUGAAUUCCAUAGCUGGUGCUUUGGGCUUUAAUCUAUAUAUGAUACACAGUUCCAUGAAUGAAGCAAUAGUUAUAUUUGAUCAC